AUGGUAAACAAUUUGGUCAGUUCGCAGCAGCACCUUCAAAAUAACAUGCAGUCCAACAAUGAUGUGGUACAUAAGCUUCAAGACGCUCAGGUGGAACACAAGGCAGCCAUGGACAUGCUGAUGAAGCAGUUAUCCCAUAUCGCCACUUCCUUGAGUGAAAUGCGUGGGAUUGAAGGAGAAUCCCUGCCACCGUUAAGCCACAGGAUAGGGCUAACAUCAGAAGACAUUGGGACAAAGGAGGUGGAAACAAGGGAAGCCAGAACAGAGGAUGAUAUCCAGACCAGUGACUUGGGAAGACCACUACCCCAAAUGGCUGACCCAUUCUUCCUAGACCCAGGAAUUGAAGUAGAAAAAGAGGAAGUAAGGGAAGAAACUGGAGAGUCUUCCAAGAGAGACUCCAGUAACACAGUUAAGCAUGUGAAACCCUUUCACUACAGAGGAGAGGCUCUGAAAUUGCCUCUCUUCAGCAAGUUCAUCAAGGAAUUCAUCGCUAGGAAAACCAAAUUCAAUGGAAAGAUAGUGAUCGGAGAGAAUGUUUCAGCAAUGAUCCAGAAGAGGAGGAUGCCUUUGAAACGAACUGACCCUGGUAUGUUCACUUUGCCUAUUUCAAUUGAGGACAUUAAAAUUGAGCAUGCAAUGUGUGAUCUAGGAGCAUCUAAUGUUUUACCUCAGUCGAUCUAUAAGAAGAUGAGUGAAAAUGAAUCUGCUGAGUCUAGUGGAGUGCUUUUAGGAAGACCGUUCUUACGCACAGCUAAGACUAUAAUUGAUGUUUUUGAUGGAACCAUUUGUCCGGACUAUCAUGGGGAGAAAUUCACAUUUAACAUUGAUGAGUCUAUGAAAAAACCUUUGGAUGUAGAAAAUCUUCAUGCUGUGGAUUGA